CCGGGACAAAAUAAAAUGAUGGAUGAAUUACGACCGAAUUUAGUUGGAAAUUUAUUAGGAGUAUCUGGGUUACUAGAUGAUCAUCAUAUACAUGCAAUGAAUGCGUCGGCAGUUGGAUCGGGAGGUGGAAGUGGUGGAAAUACUGGUAAUACUGGAUUAGGAAGUACUGGAAGUACGGUGGGUGAUAAAAUUGGUCGAAAAUGUAAUACAAGUAGCUCAUCAGCCGAAGAUUUUACGGCGUUAUAUGGAACGUUACCACAUUCACAUACUCCUGGUGAUAGUCAUCAUGCACACACCCCAGCAAAUACACCACCCACUUCGUCAAUUAGUGUUACCCGAGGAUUAACGGAUCAUUCAGCCGAAGGUGCUUUUAAAAAACUAAAACCAGAACCAGUAUCGAGUGGACUCUCUGGAGGUAUAUCACCGGGUGGACCACCUCAUGCAGGACACACUCCAACCACAGCAUCCUGUCCAACGCCCGCAAGACGGCGGCAUAGAACUACUUUUACCCAGGAACAAUUAGCAGAAUUAGAAGCAGCAUUUGCAAAAUCACAUUAUCCAGAUAUUUACUGCCGGGAAGAAUUAGCACGAACGACAAAAUUAAAUGAAGCUAGGAUACAAGUUUGGUUUCAAAAUAGAAGAGCCAAAUAUAGAAAACAAGAAAAACAAUUACAAAAAGCAUUAGCCCCAUCAGUAUUGCCUGGAUGUAAUGGUGCUAUGAUGCGUAAUAUAUAUCCUGGUGCAACUCGUGGCUAUCAGCCAUAUCCACAUCCAAAUGCAAUAAACAGAUAUCCACAAAUGGGUACAAGUUCGUAUCCAAGUAUGAGUCAACCGUUUUCAAUGACACAUGGUGCAUCAAAUAUGUCGGCUGUGACUGGUAUGCGACAAGAUACAAUGGGCAUGUCACCUGAAGACGAAUGGUAUAAUAAAAGUUUAUCAGCAUUAAGAAUGAAUACAUCGCACCAUCCGAAUUUGGCAGCACCAAUGUUGCAAUAUCAAACGUAA